AUACAAACAGUGAUUUCUCUGUGUCGUAGCACGGAAGUUUGAUAAUCAGCUGUUAUGUACACAUUCAAAGCAUGUUAGUUUAAAUGUAACCCCAGCUCCCUAUUAGGUAAACAGAAAUGGUGAAUCUCGGUCUGACCAAAGUGGACGAUGCAAUAGCAGCGAAACACCCGGUGAGUGUUUUUUGUUUUCACCUUUUUUCCCUUCUUUUCUCCGCAGUGUUGAUCUCUGGAGGACACCGAGUCCGUCAAACAGGAGAGAAGAUGCUGCAUGUAUUAGGAACCUGUGCAGUUUAUUAUCAGAUUAUUUCUAACAAUUUUAAAGGAGCAGCACUGUGCUGAUUGUUCUUAUAUUAUUUUCUUUCGUAUUUAGGGUUUAGAAAGUUAUGCAGCCUGUCAGUCUCACGCCUUCAUGAAGGGAACUGGGACUUUAGCAUUCGGUAAGUGAAGCUUUUUUACCCUCCAGACAAUUAUGUUUACUAUAUUUUUGAUUAAUUAAUACAUUCUCAGUUAAUAGACGUGAGAUGUACUGUAUCAUGUUUCAUACUCAAAAGAGUAUUUCCAAAUAAUUAUCUUAAUAACUAAGUGAAGAAGUUUUGUGCUUUCAGUGUCAGUUGUCGAUGGUUCCCAAAGUAGGGGGCAAGUCCCAUUUGAAGGUCACAUUACAGUGAUGAGGAGGUCGCAAGGUGCUUUCCGAAUACAGGUUCUUUCACACCGGGACUGUUUUUGUCGUGCAAUUAUUUCAGACAUCAGUAUUUUAUUUAGAACCCGGAUCCUGUCAAUACAAGUGUUCACAUCAGCAACGUUUUCCCGUCCUGCGAUAUUGAGGCAUUUAUUUUUUCGGAUCACGGUCGAUUUUUCUAAAGUUUCGCAUACUGUGUGUCCACUUCUGACCAAUCAGAUUGCGUGUUGUUAUUGUGAUUUCUUAUUUACAGGUAUAUCCAACAUGGACGACCGGCUGAUUGUUUACGUGUCAGAGAACAGAGUGUUUUUUGAUAAAAGACACAAACAUUACAAAGAUAACGACGUAAAGGAUAGUUUGCUAAACGUCUUUGUUUUAACUUUCAUCUGUGCUAAGUAACUUUAGCUCGUAAGCUAACCUGUUCAGAUACAACAUACCAUAUGUAUUUUCACUGUCAACUCAAUCGUGUUGCUGUCACAGCACCAUUAGGUCUCGGUUGUUACCUUAUGUUUCUGGAUUAUAGUUUAAUGUGCUUAUCUGGUACUGGCCGCGACUCAGUACAUGCUAUCAUGACAGACAGUCAUCUCAACACUAGUGUCUAAUCAGAACUGAAAAACAGUCAGUCUGCUGUUGUGUCAGUUUUCUCGCUUCCACCCGGACGCGUCUUUUUUACCCCUCAGAAAGUCACAAAAUCGCAUCAGGCUUGAUGUGUUUAGUCAGGCGCAUCAAAAAUCGCCUCUGAAUAUUUCGUUAUUUAGCGUUGUAUAUUUGCAUCGGUCCCGGUGUGUAAGGACCUUAAUACUUAAAAGAAAAAAAAAUGUUUAAAACUGCAUAUUAUUAUUCCAUUAUUCCAAAAGUGUUUUGUUUUACUUUUCUUUGUUGCCACAUGACCACACAAGCUGAGAAGUUUGGAAACUCCAGAAAAACCCAAAGACCAUUUAAACUGCACACAUGAUAUUAUUUUGUAUGCCAGUGGGGGGUGCUAUAUCCUCUUUUCUGAGGGUUUACUUUUUCAUACUGAAUAUAACAAAAUGAGCUGAUGAGUAGUGUUUUGUGAUAUGCAUAGGUUUUGACGGGGACGCUGACUUUGCUUUUGUUUGUUUGUUCCCUUUUAUGUGAUUGUAAUAUUGUCUGUAACAUUAUAGGAAAAUAAGCUGAAGUGGACAGACCAUCUUAUAUAAUUGUUUAUUUCUGUUUUGAGUGAGGGGCAUGUAAAAUAAGCUUUGCCUUCUACCUGCUCCUUUCCAGUCAUGUGCUGUGCUACAUUUGUUAAAUGCCUUUUGUAGAUAGAUAGAUAGAUGGAUAGAUAGAUAGAUAGAUAGAUAGAUAGAUAGAUAGAUAGAUAGAUAGAUAGAUAGAUAGAUAGAUAGAUAGAUAGAUAGAUACUUUAUCAAUCCUAGAGAGAAAUUCAAAUUCAAAUUGUAUUUAUGGGAAUACCUAAAAUGGCCAUGAGCAGGACAAAUAAAAAACGAAAACAAAUAAUUACAUAGAGCACACUGAACCUCUUAACAGGAAAACUAAAGUUUCGUUAUCAUCAAGUCUUUAAAAGAAAACAGAGAGUCAAAAAUCAAAUCCUUGAAAAAAUAAGAGCUUUGGUUUUGCAUUAUUGUGCUAUUAUUUUAUUAUCAUUAUUAAUAUUGUCUUUUAUUUUUACUAUCCUGUUUUCUGCUUUCAACCCCCCUUUUAAUUGCAUUUUAUUUUUUCUUAACUAUUUAAUGUUUUUAUUUUGGUCCUCAUGGUCUCAUUUUAUGUUGCAUGGUUCUUGUCUUAUCUGGGUACCUUAUGACAAAUGAAAAUGGCCUUCAAUUCCGUUUUACCUGUGCUUUUAUUUUAAUUUGUCUUUUUCUUUGUGGUUUAUGACUAUAUGUCAAAGCACUUUGUAAACUUCUGUUUUUAAAAGUGCUUUAAAAAUAAAGUUAUUAUAUAUUUGAAACCUGCCACUUUUGUUCUUGGACAUCUUAUGCAUUAUUGUUCUAAAUAGCACACUGACUCCUUACAACAACAACCAAUCGAGUCUGAAAUUUUAAAACUUUCUUUUUCACCUCCCCUUGUUAAACUGUGGCAUCAAACAGGCGCUCAUGAUGCUUUAUUUCCCUCUCAGAUGCCAAUCAAUUGAUAAAAAAAGCUGUAGAUUCAGUAGAACAGAAGUAAAUAUACCGUCAGUGGAUCAUGAGUGAGCCACUAAUUGUCUGAAUGUUAAUCAUGACUACAGAUGUACAUAUGCACAUGUCUUGUGCUUCUCUUACAGGUACUGCUGCUUUAUUUGCCAUCCAGAAAGCUCUUCAGAGGAAGCUCCCGUAUCCUCUGCAGUGGAAUGUUCUCAUUUCAGUAGGUGAGAAACUAAACAUGGAGUAUAAGUGUGCAUGUGCCUUCAAGAAUUAUAGUAUUAGACCAGGGGCUACUCUUACUUUCACACCUUAUCUAUCUCUUUUUCCUCUUUCUCAGUGGUGUCUUCAGUAGGAAGUUACGCAGUGACUCGGUGGGAAUCACAGAAAUGUUCAGACCUUUGGUUACUGCUGGAGACGGGAAAAGUCCCAGACAGAUCGCCACCUCAAGGUGAGCUGGAGACAGGUAUCUUACUUUGACUUGAGGCAGCUUAGGUUUCACUUUUACUACAAACACAACACAAAGUGUUAACCAAAGGCACAAAUAAACUGUAAUGAUGCAUAAAAAUGUAAAACAAUGAUUUAAAAAUUCAAAAUCACAUGAAUGAAAAUGUGAAAUAUAAGUUCAAUAAGACUAAACAAACUCUAAAGAUAAACCAAGAAUAAGACUUUAGUCAUUAAAAUUUUUAUUCAAAGUAAAAGUGGAGCUACAAAGAAAGGACUUAAAGGGAUAUUCCAGCGUAAAAUUAAUUCAGGGUCAAACACAUCUUUUUAGCUUUACCUAAUUUCUUUAGCAAAAAGACUAAACACAACUCACCUACUCUCUUCCAGCAGCCGUUUGUUUGUAGCGAGACCUCGGGCCAGUCCAUUAGGGACUACAGCGGGGUGAUGCAGCUCAAGGAAGAACAUUUUUGAUCAUUUCUUCAUGGAAAUGCAAUCAGACCGAGACGCUGAGGUAGAAGAACUACUGCAUCUGCAGUGCAAAAUGACUAAUAUGGUGAUUAUUACUUCAAGGAAAUGAUAAUUAAUUAACAUUCUGUUGUAAUUAAUUUUACGCUGGAAUAUCCCUUUAAGUUUCCUUUUCAAAAUGAAGAGAGACUUUGACAUCUUUAAUUUCAGGGGCAAUGACUUCUUUUUUGUGCCACCUCUGUUCCUCAGUUAUUUUAGUGUAUCAUCUUAAAAAGAGUUGUUUGACUUGAACUCUGUAUGUUUAUCCACAUCUUUGUUUGUCUUGCAGCGCCUGAACCAGAGAAACCUAAAGGAUCUGGAAAGACAAAAUAUGGGGAUGUGAUGGAAUAACAUAUAGUUUUUAAAGACUUGUGCAUCCACUGUACGAACAAACCCAUCCUUUCUGUAUAAGUACUAUGGUGGAGUGGAAUAGUGCCCAUGGGAUUGAACUCUGGGCAGGGUGUUUAGGGGAGCAAUCAUGAGUUUUUGCCAUGUAACACACGUAUGAAGUACAUAUUUGUCUUUUGUAAGGGGGGUGAGAACUGCUGAGCUUCUGAAUUUCAUAACAGCAUUACUGUCUGGCUAAAUAUAUGAGUUUCCUGAAUCAGAGGUCAGGCAUUAGUUUGGGUUUGUGAGAGGAAUCAGAUGUUAAGCUUGUGAUCCCGUACUAUAAUGUGGAUGAGUUCGACAUGCAAUCUAAUCCUCACUGUAGUCUGUAUACCAGCUAGUUCAAUGAUCAGCAUGUGAUCGUAAUUUGCACAUCAGUCAUUUAAACAGGUAUGUUUUAGAUUAAAGUGAUACAUCCAUUUGAAAAGAUGCUUAUUCUUAACUCUGGGUGGUGAUGUGAUUAAUGAAAACAGCUGGUUUUGCUCUCUGCCAUUGUGUAUUUAGUCAUCCACCCUCAGCUCAGUGCUGCUGCUGUAAACCUUUUGAUCUCUUUGAAUUCAUAUUAGUUGUAGUUGGACUGUAAAAGUUGGCAUCAGUGCAAAAUAUAAAGAGGCUACCAUGAGGUGCCACAGGAUGAGAAUAACGACAGAAUAAUAGCUGAGAUAAAGAGGUGUUACAAAUUCAGAUAUGGAGCGUAAUUGUUUUAGAUUAUGGUGAAUGACGGAAUUGAGAUAGGAAGACCAUGAAAAAUAAAAGUGACAUGUUUUUUAAUCAUUUUAACAUGAAUAAAAUAUCUAAAUUCAUAUAUGUCUUCAUCCUGAUCAUGGCCACCUUAAUUUGUUUUGCAUGGCAGCUGUAAUUAAAAUCCGACACAGUUUAACAGACAUGAUUCAGCUCCUGUUUCUAUCCACUCAAAAUGUUAUUAUGAAAAAAACGAGAUGCCUAGGAUGUAAUGCCAACAUGCAGUAUGAAGUAGAAAACAGAAGACUGAUACACCCUCUCAUCACAGAAACACACGCCUACAUGGUCAUGUUCUCAGCAGCACGGAGAGGGAACAUGAGGAUAGUGGAUCAUGAAUGUAAAGCAGCACCAUGCCUAGAAAACACCCAGUUUAAUAUGAGAAAUUUUGAGUUGUCUACAAUGAUGAGAAGUUAAAUUACUCUAUUAUUAAAUUUGAAUUGAAAAGUCUAAAACAUUUAAACCACAGUCCAAAGGCCUUCAAACAAAAGAGACUGGUUUCAGUUUGAGCUCAGCAGGUUAAGAGUUAUACAACAAGAUUCCCUGGACAGAAAGGCAGCACGUCCAAUACAUGAUUUACCAAUUAAUCCCUGUUAGAUGCUCCACAUGUUAUAGAACUAUGUAAGUAUGUUAUCAUUACUUGCUGAUAAACUUGAAUUAGCAAAAGAGGCUGUCAGCAAAAAGACUGGCUACUACAGAGUGAAAUCAGUAAAGUUUAUUACAUAUUUUUUUUUGUCCAUAGAAGCUCAAAAGUUCAAACAUUAAAUUCCCUACAGCAGCUUUAAAUUUGCCAUGCACUGACUAGAUACAGGAGACAUGAAACAUUGUAACAGAAAACUAUUAGUGGAUUAAUGUGCUGAAUUUUUCCACUUCAUAAACCCCAAAAUCCUUUCUAAUCUCAAUCCAGAUCCUGCAGAGCUACACAGACAAGCUCUGCUGAAAGCUGAUCUGAAGGCAUGUUAAAGCUCCUGUAAGGAACUUUUGGUGUGUGACUAUUUUAGCGCCCCCUAUGGACAAAGCAGUCUGUGCUUCUUAAGUAGAGUCUUCUAACAAAAAAAAUCUCACCCCCAUUGACUUUUGGCAUUUAUUGAUCAUAAAUUGAUCAUUGAACGUGAAUAUUCGGUUCAAUAAAUGUAAAAACAGG